GGUCGGGGUAUUGGCCGCGAGAUGGCCCUUGAGCUCGGGCGUCGCGGCGCUAAAGUCAUCGUGAACUACGCUAACAGCUCGGAAUCGGCCGAAGAAGUAGUGCGACAGAUCAAGAAGAACGGCUCUGACGCUGCGGCAAUCAAGGCAAAUGUAUCAGAUGUUGACCAGAUUGUACGGUUAUUCGACCAAGCCAUCAAGACCUUUGGCAAGCUGAACAUCGUCUGCUCUAAUAGCGGUGUCGUAUCUUUUGGGCACGUCAAGGAUGUUACACCUGAAGAAUUUGACCGUGUAUUCCAUGUUAACACACGUGGUCAAUUCUUCGUCGCCCGUGAGGCCCACAAGCACCUAGAAGUCGGCGGUCGCCUUAUCCUUAUGGGAAGCAUUACAGGCCAGGCUAAGGGUGUACCUAAGCACGCCGUCUACUCUGGUAGCAAAGGUGCUAUUGAGACUUUCGUCCGCUGCAUGGCUGUUGACUUUGGUGACAAGAAGAUCACUGUCAAUGCUGUCGCACCCGGUGGUAUUAAGACUGAUAUGUACCACGCUGUGUGCCGAGAGUACAUCCCCGGUGGUGACAAGCUUAGCGACCCAGAAGUUGACGAAGUGAGUUUGCUGCUCCAAUUCCCACCCCCCCCCUUCAAUUCUAUUUAAUAGAUGACUAAUAUGAAUCUAUGUAGUACGCCGCGACAUGGUCUCCUCU